AAGACCUGUCCAAAUCUUGUUGGUGUCCCCUCUUGCAGUGUUUUCAGUUCUUGCUGAGUGGGAGGGUCACACUGUGUUAGACUAAUAAGGACAGAGAUGCAUCCCCUUUCCCACUCAUAGGGAGACUCACUCAACUCUUCAGCAGUUACAGCAGCCUUGUACGGACCUCUACUGUGCUUCUGAGGGACUUAAACAAAAACUGAAGGUUUGUGGCUAUUCGUUCACCUGAAGUCCAGGGAGCAUGAAGGACAUGAGCUGUUGGAUACCUGGGCUUUGGAUGGCUCUGCUUCUACUUCCUACCACCACUCCCAUGACAGUCACUGCUAAGUCAGGAAAUUUGUGUCCUGACCUGAUAGCAAAUGGAGAACCAUUUACACCUGUUUCAGGUUUUGAUUUGGGAGAUAGCUUUUCUUUGAGGCAAAUGUCCUGUGGAGAUGAAAAAACUUGUUUUAAACUGGGAAGUGCUCUUCUUAUUAAAGAUACUCGAAAGAUAUUUCCCAAAGGACUUCCAGAAGAAUACUCCAUAGCAGCCAUAUUCCGGGUGCGGCGAAGCACCAAAAGGGAACGAUGGUUUCUGUGGCAAUUGUUAGAUCAUCGUAAUGUACCACAGGUCUCUAUAAUAAUUGAUGGCACUAAAAGGGCAGUGGAAGUGAUGGCCUUUCAUCAGGGAGAAAUGUUACACUAUGUUUUCAAAAGUCGAGAAAUUUACCCUCUAUUUGACCGUCAAUGGCAUAAGCUUGGUCUCAGCAUACAGUCCAGGAUCCUUUCCCUUUAUGUGGAUUGUAAUUUGAUUGAGAGAAGACAAACAGAAGAAAAGGACUCUGUUGACUUUCAUGGAAGAACUGUCAUUACUGCCCGUGCUUCAGAUGGCAAACCUGUAGACAUUGAACUUCAUCGGCUUCAAGUUUAUUGUAGCCCAAACUUUGUAGCCCAAGAGAUGUGCUGUGAAAUAUCAGAUGCUAAGUGCCCACAGCAGGACAGCUUUGGAACUGCGGCUUCAUUGAUGGCAACUGCUCAUGCCAGUAAAAUUUCUGCACAUCUGCUAGCAAAGCCGGAACUUGCUGAACGAUGCCAGUGCAUUCCUAACAAGGGAGAAUCAGGAUUGCCUGGAGCUGCUGGUUUGCCUGGUCCUAAGGGGGACAAAGGGGAGCAGACCUUCUGUCCUGACAAUUCUUGUGGUACAAUUGGUAGCAAAGGAGAAUAUGGAGACCCUGGAAUUCCUGGAGAAAAGGGAGACCAUGGCUUUGAAGGAAGAAAAGGAGAAAUUGGUGAGAAGCAAUUUGCUUCCCCAGUGGCUCUUAUAUGUAACGCCUCAACAUGUAUUAUAAUUACAAGAAACAUCAUUGUCAGUCAUUGUCCAAGAAUGAUCCCACGGAACUUGCCAUUUGAUGAUGAUGGUCUCAUUGAAAAUUACAGAUAUGAAACAGCAUUUAGUAACACUUGUAGAUACUCAACAAAUAAAAGUAGCACAAUUUUGUCAAAUCAGUGCUUAGGUGAAGAAAUUGCCAUAGCCACCCCAGCAUUCAGCAACCACCAUCAUUAUCAGUCAACAGUCAUCAAUAUCGAGACCAAACCUUCCAACAGCAAAAAUUGA